AGAUUCUCUUCGAGAACUCUUCGUUUUUACUCGACGGUCCCACUCUUCAAAAAACUCAACAUAACGUUACUUUAGUUUCCUCAAGGCGUUGCUGACUCUUUACCAUUAUCGUUCGGCUUCCAUCGAAAACACCCAUCAAAAUAAGAAAAAAAAUGCAGCACAUUGUCGUCUUCAAGUUCGACCCUGCGAAGUUUGAGGCGGAGUUCCCCGGCAACGCUCUUCAGGAAGGCGUCGAGUCGCUUCGCAAGGCGGCCAUUCCUGGACUUCUGGAAAUCAACAUGGGCGCGAAGAACAUCACGGCGUGGGAGGGUUACCAGGAUGCCACACAUGGUUACACGCACGCGCUAGUCUCGCGUCACAAGGAUGCAGCGUCGCUGCACAUUUACGCCGACCACCCCGUCCACAAGGCACUGCAAGCACGCUUCAUCAAGUGUGUUGCUGCGCCGCCGCUGCGGAUGGAGCUGGAUGUGUACCCUGCCAAUCUCUAG